GGCGUCAUCUGGCCCUUUCAUCCUCCCCUCCUCUUCCCGCUCUUCCAUAAAUAUCCCCAAUCUCCCUGAUCUUCCUGUUCCCAUUCUGUCUCCCCGCAAUCCGUACCUUCGUUAUAUUUCAUCAUUUCCCCACACGCUUCUUCCAUCGAGAUCGACAGCUAGUCUUCUCGCCUCUUUCUGAUCGGAGCUGUCUCAAGUCGUUUUCCAUUUCGCUCUCUUUUCGUAUGAUCACAACCCUUCUGAGUUUCACCCCGUAUCGCCCUUUCAAUGACCUCCCUCGCCACCCGGGUCAAGCAGUUCGGCUUGACCCAGGUUUACUGCUCCCCUGAGAAGCCCCAGGUCGACAUCGUCUUGGUCCACGGUCUGAACGGUCAUCCGUACAAGUCCUGGGCCACCGACUCGGGCAUCUUCUGGCCGGCGGACCUGCUGCCUGACGUGCUGGGAACCAGCCGAGUGAGGAUCCUAACGUACGGAUACAACGCAAACGUAACCGCCUUCACGGACGGCGCCUCGAAAGAUCGCAUCUUGAACCAUGCCGAAACGCUGGCCUCAGGCCUGGCGGCUAACCGAAAUCUUCGAGGAUGUUCAGAUCGUCCCAUCAUCUUCGUGUGCCAUUCCCUCGGCGGCUUGGUCGUCAAGCGAGCGCUGAUCUAUUGUCGCAACGUGUCAAAUGAGAAGAUCGAGCACCUUCGGUCGAUCUUCGUCUCCACGUACGGCAUCCUAUUCCUAGGGACCCCUCAUAACGGAUCGGACGUUGCCAAAUGGGGACUUCUGUUACAAAAUAUUUGUAGCGCUGUCCUGCCCCGGAAGUUCUUCGACUCGUCGCCGCAUCUCGUGAAAAUCCUGCGAUCAAACAACGAGACGUUGCAGAACAUCAACAGUCUUUUCGUGGAGAUUAUGAGCCGCUUUCAUAUCUACUUCUUCCAUGAGACCCUGCCGACAGAUGUCAAGGGCACUCGAGAAGUGAUUGUAGAUGAAAGCUCGGCUGCCCCCCAGAUGGAAGGGGUGGAACGCAUGGGCAUAGAGUCGGAUCAUCGACACAUGUGUAAGUUCGAGGAUGACGGCGCCCCGGGUUAUGAGGCGGUGGCAGAAGCCCUCCUGCGGUAUUCGCGUGAUGCCCCUCACACGAUCCAGGAUCGAUGGUCCGAGGAGGAGGAAACUCGCAGAGUGAUGAAACGGACCAAGGUCAGGGAGAUUUUCAGCCAGGGUGAGUGAGGCCUCAGUUCGUGGACAAGCAUGUUUUGCUGACAGGUUGCUCAGAAAGGAUGGAGUCGCCACCAUUGGGAGGAAGCGAACCGGAUCUUCGUGCAAUUGGUAGGGCCAAUUUCCUUCCCGAGUCUUCGCCUUCUGUGACUUUGCGAGAUUAUGAGAUUGAGGAGCCCUCGGAGGCAUCCUAUGCUAGUAAGCAUGUGUAACCUGGUUUUGUUUGAAUGUCGGCACGGAGAAAGGAAGGGAAACCCGCAAAAGCAAACAAAAACAAUGUCUCCUCAAAAUGCUGCAAUUCAUACCUUUUGAUAUUUCAUUUGUUGUCGGGGUCAGCUUGAUUUUUUUCCUUUUCUAUUAUGUUUUCUUCUUACUUUUUUCUUUCUCUCUUCUGUUUUCCUCGUCCUCCCUUUCGGGUUGUUCUUUCUCCCGCGAACGUGACGUUUUAUUCUCCAUGACUCUUUCCUGUAUCCUACCGCGCUGUUGUAUCUUUAGAACACAACGAAGCAGCAGUCAGAAGUGCUGACUAUUUGUCCCUUAGGUAACUUCGCUGUACCCAACGACAGACGCUUGCCCCCGG